UACAUUACAGAAUGAAGCAAUAAUGAUUAUAGAACCACACUAUCCACUCAUCGAGGAUGGGAGAAUCUUUUUCGAGGACCAUUGCACUAACACAAAUUCACUUCAACUGGCCUAUGACAAUCUCAGCAAGCUUAUCGAUGAGAUAAAUUCUAAAUUGACUCCUGAAAGCAAAUACUUAACUCAAGUCCAGACUGUACAGACUGAUUUGAAAUCUGAAUGUUCCCGUUGCUUGAAUUUUAAACGUAUUCAUGGUUUUGGGUCAUCAUACAAUGGAUUUCGAAGCAAAAGCUCUGAUAUAGAUGUUGUUGUAGAAUUGGAAGAAGAUGGAAUUGACAACCAGCUUAUCGAGUGUAAGAGAAUGAUGGAGAGGUCAUGUCUAUUUAAGUUAAAAGAUGUUGUAAGAGGGGCGGUUGUGCCAAUAAUAACUGUUGAGCACAUCAAAACUGGGUUAGACUGUGACAUAAGCUUUUCAGUUCCUUCAAUCAAUAGAACUGAUGUUAUUUGGAACACAGGCCUCUUGAAAUCCUAUUCAAAGACUUAUCCUGAAAUUGCUCAAGCAUUUCGAUUCUUCAAACACAUCUUGAAUUUUACAAAGUUUGGAAGUGUUCGAACAGGUGGAUUGUCAACUUACGGGCAUAUAAUUCUUUUUAUCUAUUUCCUAACUCAAAGACGGAAUCCCAGGAUACCUCUUCUAAACAUAACAACUCAUCGCCCUGACCCAAAUCUAAGUAAACCUAAACUCUGUGCUGCUCAAAUCGUUUUGGACUAUCUCAAGUUUAUUGCAUGUCAAAUAGAUUCCUCAAAGUACUCAGCAGAUAUCAGAACCAAUCAAAAUGUUCAAAGACGAAAACAGUACGGAUCAUUGGGACGAUUGUUUAUUCAGGACCCAUACAUUUCAAAAAACUUGGGUAAAUUCAUGAAAGAACAGAAUUUGUAUAAUUUCAAAGUGCUCUGCAGUCGACUGUUACAGUACAUUGUUAUUAAUGGGAAACCUACAAGACUGUCUCAGUUAGACGACUGGUGUCAAGACUACCAUAAUCGCUGCAAGAACAUGGCUACACCUUCUUUACAUUCCAAAUGUGAACCCCUGUAUCAAGGAGCUGCAAAUCCAAAAAGAAAGAAAACAUCCCCUCCCAUGAAGACUGUCAUGCAGACUAACGAAUUGUUAACAUGUACAGUCGAGAGAACACAAAAUGGAGUGACUACGACCACAAGCUCAACCGUUAAUCAGUUGCUGUGUGAGAGAACUGUCAACGACCAAAUCAACCUUGCCUGGUCUGAUGUAUUGGGCACCUCUUUCAACGACGUGACUAGCACAGUGGACACCACCAUCCCUAAGCUACAGUGUCUUGUCGUGUUUAGAAGGGAGACGGAUGUGGAAAGAGCUGAGUUGUUGUUGGAGCUGAUGCCUUGUGCAAGGGAACUUGUUGUUGCAAGUUGCUUGACAAGGCGGAGGGGUGCUCAUGUUUACUUCACUACUUACCUCAACUCGGUGUCAAAACAAACAGACGUGUCGUCAGUAAAGAGGAUUUACAUUUACAACCCAACAUUCCAACUACCUGUGUCCUUGUGGCAGAUACUCCGGGACACUGUGCCAGGCCAGCUCUACUUCCUCAUAUCACCACCCGAAGUUCCCAACCUAACCUGCGAAUACAUAGACAAGCUAGCCCGGCUAUUCUGCCACCCCUCAGCUGAGUCCACCUACAGGUACACUCUACCUAUUGGUGAUCUUAAGAAGGCGCUCGUACAGAAGGACGAGAGGUUCAGUGAUCUGCCUGGAAACCUGGAGAUUCAUGAGAUAAUAAGUUGAAGCAAGUGCUGGGUGAAAGGAUGAACAUGCUCGUAAAGUGGAUACAGCGAGAAGUUUUACAAUGGAGACGCAGAAGUUACGCACUAAAACUGAGUGCUGUAUCGAAUAUUAUGGAUAAUGUACAGUAACUGACGAGAACCGUGACCUUUAGUAGUAUUUACUGACUUACAGUCGAACCAUUUCUGUUGAAUUCGGCUUUUUUAGCUGCAAUAUCCCCUAUGCUCCCAGCCUCCGAUUUCGUCGAAGAAGCCUUUAAGAUAAUAUCGAUAUCCGAUAUUUGGAUAUGUUCAAAACUUAAAAUAUUUCGCUAAAUUCUUACCACACAAUUCGACCUUUUUGUUCAACCGGAGAUGUGAUUAAAUUUGUUUAAAUUGGAGUUUUAGAUUUCAAUACCCUCCCGGCAGUUCUACGGGGGUUUUGUAAGUAAUCAAGUAACUUUGUUAUUAUAUGGGUUAGACAAGUUUAAAAGCGUAGUUAAGUACCUUAAAAAUUACAAAUUUUACUAAUACUAUAUUAAUCGGCUAUUAGCCUACAUUUUCAACGCUACUAUGUAGUUGCUUAUUUCUACGUGGUCUAAUUAUUUAUUACUUCAUUUCUGACCACUCUGUCUGGUAAAGUGUAAAGUGAAUCAUAACAGUUGACCAUACCUAAUUUUAGCUAAGUUGCAGUUGUAGGGGGGAAUGUAAUAAUAUGUGAACAGCGUUUAUAAUUGGUAGGAAACUGGACAGAGUGGUCUGACGAAAGUUUUAGGACUCUUACUAAUUCGCUCGCCCAAAAAUUAUCACGU